CCUCAUCAUCAUGUUUACCUGAACGCGGAUAACGGGGCUGACAAAUGGCCUAGAAAUAAACAGUAAUAACACCUGCGGCUCUCGAUCGUAACCGGAAGGGGAUUUGCUCGCCGUUUCCUAAAGCCUCUGCCUCGGUAGGAGCCAGGAAAACCGCUCCAAAUGUCAACUUGUGCAGUGACAGAAUUCAACAAUGGCUUGGAGGCCAGUUCAGACUCUGAUGACGAGGACAAGCUACACAUCGUGGAGGAGGACAGCCUGCUGGAGACCGAGGUCGCCGGCGCCGAAGGGACCAAAGCGCAGGGCGGCCAUGACUACGCCACAACAGUAUUACCCCACAACGGUGCCCUGAACGGAGUGAAGGAGGAGUAUGUGUCCGAAGAGGAGGACGAUGAAGAGGAAGAGGAGGAGGAGGACGCUGAGAAGGAUUCUCUAGUGGAAGAUAUUCUCCAGCAGGGAGACACUGCCGUCAUCUUUCCUGAAGCCCCCGAGGAUGAGCAGAGUCCGGCGGAGACAGGAGGCGCUGAUGAAAACGGCACACCAGACUCCUUCUCCCAGCUGCACACUUGCCCCUACUGCUCCCGGGGCUACAAGCGCAACGCCUCGCUGAAGGAGCACAUCAAGUAUCGCCACGAGACCAGCGAGGACAACUACAGCUGCUCGCACUGCAGCUACACCUUCACCUACCGCUCGCAGCUGGAGAGGCACAUGAGCCACCACCGGGGCACCAGGGAGCAGCGCCACGUCUCCCAGUCGACGGGUGGAUCAGGAGGAACCGGUGGAACCCGCAAGUUCAAGUGUACCGAAUGUUCCAAGGCCUUCAAGUACAAGCACCACCUGAAGGAGCACCUGCGCAUUCACAGCGGUGAAAAACCCUACGAAUGUUCCAACUGCAAGAAGCGAUUCUCCCACUCAGGCUCCUACAGCUCCCACAUCAGCAGUAAGAAGUGUGUGGGUGCAGCACCCCCCAAUGGUGCCGCUCGAACGUCGAUCAAAUCCCCCCCACCCACCGCCCAGACAACACCAGUCGUAAUUGCUCCAGCCCGCAUGAUUCUUAAAGAGAAGACUGAAAGCAAACCCCUCCAGGAGCAGCUGCCCAUCACCCAGAUCAAAUCUGAACCUGUGGAAUACGAGUGCAAGCCUGUGACGGCGUCAACGGCCACUUCAGCUGCAACCAACGGAGGGACGGAGCAGCCAGCCGUGGUUCCAGCUACAACCCUGCCCCAGGGGGUGGCUAUGGUCGUACCCACGGUCGGCCUCAUGUCGCCCAUCAGCAUCAAUCUGAACGACUUGCAGAAUGUGCUUAAGGUGGCGAUGGACGGCAACGUGCUCAGGCAGGUGCUGGGGACAGCGAACGGCGUGGUGACGCAGGGGAAGCACGGAAUUGUAGUCCAGCAGCCCCAGCACCAAAUCAUCAGCCUGCCCGCUUUCGUGGAUCACGACGGCACCACCAAGAUCAUCAUCAACUACAGCAUCAGCCCUGCAGCCGCCACCACUGCCACUACCCAGCCUGCACCGCUAGUUGCCAAAACCAAUCCUGCUCUCCUUCCCACUGUCACCGCUGCAGCCCCCACCCCCACCAAGACAGAUAAGUGUUCAACCCCAGAGGCUACCGACCUCUCCAUUGUUAAGACAGAGCCAGAAUCAGUGUCCAUCAAAGACAUGGAGACGGAGGCAGUCAAACAGACAGAAAUCACUUCAAAGGCCCGAUCAAAUCAAAUGCCAAAAGUCAUCAGCACCAGUGCGUGUUUACUCUGCGAUGACUGCCCCGACAACCUGGAGGCCUUACACCUCCUCCAGCACCGCAAAGCAGCCAACGGAGAGGCCGUCGACUCGGCUGCUUUGGACCCCUCGUUCGCUGCUCUGCUAAGCGAGGCGGGUGUGACGCUUGAGGAGCCACCUGUGGACGACCUCCUCUCGCUCCUCAAGACGUACUUCGCCUCCAAUGCCAACCCCAGCGAGAAGGAGCUGACCAAGAUCUCAGAGUCUGUCAGUAUUCCCGUGGAUGUGGUCAGAAAGUGGUUUGCUAAGAUGAACUUUGGGAAAUAUGGAAAUAAAACCAUAGCCGUUUCAAAAAAGACUGAAACCAUGAAUUUGAGCUCAAAGGAUGCCUUGAAUCAGAAUGGAGAGGCAGAGACAGACAGCUCCAAAGAAAUAUCCAACCAAGCCUCAUCACAAUCUGGCAACGCUUCUCCAUCAGACUCUUCACCACUAAGCCUCAACACCGGGGACCUCAUCAUUGUUAAGAGCGAGCCAGAAGACCCAGAUGCCCCGGACUCCCAGGCCGAGCCGCUUGACCUCUCCCUCCCUAAACAUAUCGCCGCAGCAUUGGAAACGAGCGGGACUCCUGCCAAGCUGCAGGAACAUCCUCUAAACCUGACCUGCCUGAGGAAGGAGCAGCUAGACGGUCGAACCAUCUACGUCACCACGCCUCAGACCGGAGGGUCUGUCAACAUCGUCACCGCCGCACAGCUGCCCACAUUGGUGGCUAUAGCCAGUCAGGGCUGCCUCAGCGCCAUCAACACGACCACAAAACGCACCAUCCUCAUCCCACAGCUCACCUACACCUACGCCACUACAGCCGGCAACGCCACUGGAGCUAAGACUGUCGUGCUCAACGGCCAUAAGCAGGAGAAGAAAGUAGACAGCGGGUCGGAUGGCGUCUCCGCAGUGGAGGAGCAGAAUGACUCAGAUUCGGCCACACUGAUGAAGAAGCGGCGGCUGGAGAACGGUGUCUACCCAUGUGACCUUUGCUCCAAAGUCUUCCAGAAGGGCAGCUCCCUGCUCAGGCACAAAUAUGAACACACAGGAAAACGGCCCCAUGAGUGCAACAUCUGCGAGAAGGCCUUCAAACACAAACACCACCUGAUUGAACACUCGAGGCUGCACUCCGGGGAGAAACCCUAUCAGUGCGACAAGUGCGGGAAGCGCUUCUCUCACUCCGGCUCGUACUCCCAGCACAUGAACCACCGCUACUCCUACUGCAAGAAGGACGGUCCGGACGCUGGCUCCGGUUCGGGGCCACGCAGCGUUCAGUCGGAGCUCGGCAGCCCCGGCACCGGACUGCAAUCGGACAGCCGGACAACGACCCCGCCCUCCCAACUGGACUCAGACGAGAGGGAGAGCGAGGAAGAGGAGGACGACGACGACGAUGAGGCCAUGUGUAUGGACGACAUCCGAGUCGUGCAGGUGGACGAUGGCGAGUGCGAGAUCUACGAAGGUAACUUUGAGGACGACGACGAUGAGGAGGAGGAUGAAGAGGGAGAGGAGAUUGUGGAAGGAGAGGGAGAGGAGAUUGUGGAGGGAGAGGGAGAGGAGAUUGUGGAGGGCGAGGGAAAGGAGAUUGUGGAGGGCGAGGGAAAGGAGAUUGUGGAGGAAGAAGGAGAGGAGAUUGUGGAGGGCGAGGGAAAGGAGAUUGUGGAGGAAGAAGGAGAGGAGAUUGUGGAGGAAGAAGGAGAGGGAGAGGAGAUUGUGGAGGAAGACAUGACAGAGGAGGAAGAGGCGGAAGGAGAGAAGCAGGGCACGGAGGUUGUGUGCGAAGUGAUGGAGGUCGAGGUCGGGGACGAUCACAUGGAGGACGAAGAGAUGGAGGAAACAACCGAAGAAAAGGAGGAAGCAGCAAGUGCGGAUACAGAGGAAAGUGCCGACUGUGAAGCAGAUACGGACAAAAACGUCAGGGAGGGGUCAGACAGCACCGAACCCGAAGACGGAGUGGUGACAAACGCCAAAUAAAGGAGAGAAAAAUGUCUCGGUUACUGAAGUCGAGUUAACUAAAGACAAAACCGCAGAAAAAUCAACAAAGUCACGGCGGUUGCCUGAUCUUAACGGUCCACUACUGUGUACAAAAACCCAGGUGUGCCUGAACUUGAAAAAAGUAAAACAAAAACAGUGACUUUUUUUUCUUGUGGAAAUGAAAUAUCAGUGUUAAAAAUUGUUUAUAGAAGUACAGAUUUGAAACUCACCCGUCAACUUGUUAGACAUGUUACUGAGACAUCCCAGGUUGUUUUAUUGUUUGUUUGUUUUUCAUUUGGUCAGUGUUACUAAUCUUGUUUUUGUUGGAAAACAUUUAAACCUGUAAAGAUGAGAAAGAUUUCUAUACCUUUUUAUUGCCAAUGAAGUUUCCUAAAAUCAGUAUUUUAUUGAGUUCUACGAACAAAAACCUCUGCACUACAGUAUUCCUGGUUUACCUACGGAUACAUGCCUCAUGCAUUGUAUGCCCUUCAGUGUUAUCUACGUACACUAGCUAGCGAGAUGGUGUUAUUGUUAGUGUUAGUCUUUGCUAGCUAGCAUUACUUUUGUUUUCAGUUUGACUGUUAGCCUUAAGGAAAACAAAGUAUUCUUGGGGAGGGUUGUGGGCGGGAUGGGGAGUCUGGGAUGACAUGGUGGCUUCUGAAUGCCAUAACCAAAUUUGUCCUAUCAGGGAAGAUGGAGUCACAACCUUAAAGCCAGCAUCAGGCGCUCAUGUUUCGCAACCCGGCGUAGGCUGAAGCGGGUGGAGUCUCCAGGUGAAGAUUGAAAGGCAGACUCCACCUCGCCUGGCUCAGCUGUGGUUCCAAAACGACACAUGCGCCCAUUCUUACCAAGCUUCUCCUUAUUUGGUAUUUCUGAGUCAGUGUUUCAGUGUUACUAGCUUAUAUAUGAAGUCAUACUGUGUGUGAAGGAACAGGGCUGUUCCCUGCUCCACCCCAAUGCCUCCAGCCUUAUGCAAGACCUGUGUGCUGUUAAAAGUGCCAUUGAACAGUGUUAUCAUUUUCUUUCCUCACACAUGUAGCCAGUAUUAUGUCCCUCUGUUACUUACAAAAGACCCAUAUUGACUAAUGUUUGUCGACUUGCACAGAACAGCUGAUUCGUCACAAUUGCUCAAAUAUACUUCCUUGUGAAAUGAAUUGAAAUAUUUUAGGGACUUUAAAGAGAAUUUUGGCUUUAACUAACUUCCACUGAUAUUUGUAUUGGAUGUAUUAAUCAAUUUUUAGUGAUAAAGUUACAGUAAAAUAGUGAAAAGAGCCCAAGAUGCUGUCUUCAGAUGUCUUGUUUUGGCCGGAAAGCAAUGUUAGCUUUCAAGUAUAUUCACUUUGCAGUUAUAUGAACUGACAAAAGUAGCAAAUCAUCACAAAGGACAAGCUCGAAAUUGAGAAUAUUUGGCAUUUCUGCUUAAAAAAUUAUAGAUUUUAUUAAAAAAUGGCUACCUGUCAAUCAAAUCAGUUUACUGAAAUCUUAAAAUGUGUGGAAAAGUUUGAGAAAUACAGCCCAGACUGAGCUAACCUGUGGAUAUAAAAAUACCUUGUUAAUUUCAUAUAAUCAGUGGAUGUUUAAAGUUUUGUUUUUAGAGAAUGUUUACAUAAAUAUACAAAACCAGAUUCAUUUUUGAUGAAGAUGAAGACAGAAGGAUUCUUAAAUUCAGCCACACGUGUGCACUUGUAUUCAGAUUUAGAGGAAGAAUCGUGGCAAGCUGUCCCGCACUUCAGGUAACAAACGUUAGUGAAUGUGGUCUCUGAUAAAAAGUGUUUUCAGUUGGUUUUACCGAACAGUGUUAUAGUAUUUGUUUUAAUUUCUUUGUUUUUCCAUGUGUGUCCUCUGUAUGAUUUUUUUUUCUUUCAACAAUGGCAGUAUUAGAACCCUUUCAAAGAUUAAAUGUACCUGUUUAGUUUUUAGAAAACUUUUUUAUAUUUAUGUGUCUUAUUUUUAUAUUUUCUUUUAUGGUUAUUUAUUACACAUUGUAGUGUACAUUACUGUAGUUUGAAUUGAUACAAUAAUAUAUUUUAGUAUGAAAAACAAUCUCAACACAAACUAAAAAAAAAAAAAAAAGCCCACAAUGUGGUUUCUGGGAGCUGAAGUUUGUUUUCACAAAAAAAAAACAUGAGAAACCUUGUAUUCUGUACACAUGACUUCUGUUUUAAGCUUGUGAAAUUGAAAAAAGACAGGAUUGAAAUGAGAAAUAGAAACUGUUACAUGUGCAUCCGCGCUUUGAGUCGUUAUGAAGCUACUGAAUUCUAAAACUCUGUGAUUUUAAAAGCAUGAGUCGUCGCCGUUUUAAUGAAGGAUCUUGUUAUGAAGCCUCCCUUUUUAUUUCGAAGCCAAAUUAAGAUUGUCCCGCCACAAUGUUUUUCUGUUCUGUGCCAACUUGUUCCAUUGUACUGUCAAAGGCUGCAUACCGUUUGUUCUCACCCUUUGUAAAUCCACUGUCUUUUUUGUAUUGUUUAUAUUUUAGUUUUGCUCCAUUUUUAUGACUCCCCAUCACAAUAAAAUAUAAGAAAGCU